AUGCCCUCACCACAAAAGCACCCGAUUUCUUAUACGAAGAGUGAUUCUGAACAAGAUGAAUGGCCGAUUCUCAGCACAAAUGAUCAUGAGCUUCUGCCCUCAGGCGAAGCUCACGAAGUUCAGAGCUCAGAUCCUGCGAGGAACGGAACAGAGUCCAGUAAAGCUGUCAGACAGUUCACCGGGUUUGCUUCCAUCAAGCGCAAGAGCGAUAGGUUCUGGGAGGCUUGGAAUGUAUACGUGAACAGGCCCUGGAACAUGCACGUUUUGGUCAUUAUUGGGACCCUUUUUGCCGUUGGUCAUCACCUGUUUUACCUUCAUCUCAAUGGCAAAGAAGCUAUCAACCAGCCUAUGAUGCUACUCUACGGCACCGUCAUUGCAUUCUUUACUAAAGCUAGUCUCGGUACAGCCGUUACUAUCGCUUUUCAUCAAAGAGCGUGGAGAGUAGUCCGGUUCAAAAUAGCUCGAGUUCAGACGAUCGACUCAAUCUUCACUGCUAACGCGGAUUUCUCCUCUCUCCUCACGUGGAGCUCUAUUCGGAAGGCGAAAAUUGGGACUCUUCUUGCCCUCUACUGCUGGGUAACGCCUCUUGUUGUCAUAUUGACAUCAGAAACUCUCUCAGUCGUGGUCGGGGUGUUUGAAGAAGACCAUUCAUGCACUUCUGUUCGGGCUUUAAACUUUGAAAAUGAGGAGAAGGUGUACUGGCGGAACCCUCAGAAGAUAGAUGAUCAGUAUCUGGUGUCCGUGUCGCUUUGGAAUUCGACUCUUGAUUAUGGUGAGAGUCCUUCGGACUCUAACGCGGAGGGCUUUGACUAUUACCAUAGUUCGAGCAAGCAGUUCGACAUGUUGAUUGCCACCAAAACGACACUGAUGGGCGAGGCCAUAGUUCGAAAGGAAUCAGCGGCUGAGAUCUAUGGAGAGGGCUAG